AUUUGCCACAUCAGUACCCAACAACUAAUGACCUCAAGUCCAACGAACCCCCUCCCCGUAAUCAGGACACUUUCCAGCCAGCACGCCUUCGAACGAUAAUAACUGAUCGAAAACAGAGAAACACAAGACAAUGCUCAGCAGCAGCAGCAGCUGUAGAGUAGCAGCAGUUUCUUCUUCAACUGCUCUUUUUUCAAGCUCUAAACACCUGCUCUGCAAGAAUUUCACGUACAUUCCAAACCCAUUAUACAACAAUUCUUUGAGGCCCAUUAGAUGGAAUCAUAGGAAUUCAAGAAUGGAGAACUCUACUUCAAGACUGGUCACUCGGGCCUCUGCACAACCCCUCAAGAAUCCCGAUGAACUCAUUGAUUCUGUUGAAACCUUCAUCUUUGAUUGUGACGGUGUUAUCUGGAAGGGGGAUAAAUUGAUUGAUGGGGUCCCAGAGACUCUUGACCUGUUUCGCUCAAAGGGAAAGAGAUUGGUCUUUGUUACCAAUAACUCAACGAAGUCUAGAAAACAAUAUGGUAAAAAGUUUGAAACUCUUGGUCUGAGUGUCAGUGAGGAGGAGAUUUUUGCAUCAUCUUUUGCUGCUGCUGCUUACUUGAAUUCGAUUGAAUUCCCAAAAGACAAAAAGGUAUAUGUUAUAGGUGAAGAUGGAAUCUUAAAAGAGCUUGAGUUAGCUGGGAUUCAGUAUCUUGGAGGCCCGGAAGAUGGUGAAAAAAAGAUAGAGCUCAAGCCCGGGUUCAUGAUGGAGCAUGACAAGGAUGUUGGGGCAGUCGUCGUUGGAUUUGAUCGCUAUUUCAACUAUUACAAAGUUCAGUACGCAACCCUAUGUAUACGUGAAAACCCAGGAUGUCUGUUCAUUGCCACCAACCGUGAUGCUGUCACUCAUCUAACAGAUGCUCAGGAAUGGGCAGGUGGCGGUUCAAUGGUCGGAGCCAUCUGGGGUUCUACUAAGCGCGAGCCCCUUGUCGUUGGGAAGCCUUCCACAUUCAUGAUGGACUACUUGGCAAAGAAGUUCGGCAUCCUGAAGUCCCAGAUAUGCAUGGUUGGUGACAGAUUGGAUACUGACAUCCUUUUCGGGCAAAAUGGUGGGUGCAAAACUCUUCUAGUCCUCUCAGGUGUGACAACUUUGCCAAUGCUCCAAGAUCCAAAGAAUUCCGUACAGCCAGAUUUUUACACCAACAAGAUUUCAGAUUUUCUAUCCCUCAAAGCUGCAGCUGUAUAACCAACAAGAUGUUUUGCGUUCUUGAACAGCCCAUCUCAUUCUUUAAUGUCAAACUUUGGCAUUUUCACUUUUCAAGUAUAUCCCAUUUGUUUACCCCUUUCUGUUUGUGGAGGGCAGGAAACAAAAGUGGGCAACCACAGCAGGAAUGUAGAUCUCAUUAGUGUAGUUAGUGAACAAAGAAUUACAAAUAGAUACAGUUGUGCCAAU